GGAUCAAUGCGUACUGUAGUUGUGAAUGCGAAUGAGGGAGCCGGGCGGGUUCCUAUUUGGGUGUGGAGCUUCGUUAGCGGAAAAAAGCGUUUGCUUUCGCUGACAGGAUACGUGUAAGGAGGUACUGCUGCUGUUGCCCAUACACACAGGUUUAGAUUCGGUUAGACCUGGGAAAUCACAAGUGUAAACAUUACAUUACAAGGAGCUGAAAAGCAAUGGCAAAUUCUAAAGAGGUAUCUGAAAGAAUUCUGCUGGAACCAUACAAGUAUUUACUUCAGCUUCCAGGUAAACAGAUAAGAACAAAGCUUUCUCAAGCCUUCAACCAUUGGUUAAAUGUCCCAGAAGAUAAAAUACAGGUUAUCAUUGAAGUGACUGAGAUGCUUCACAAUGCCAGUUUACUUAUUGAUGACAUUGAAGACAACUCUAAACUUCGUCGAGGUUUUCCAGUUGCUCACAGCAUAUAUGGCAUUCCUUCUGUAAUAAAUUCUGCUAACUAUGUAUAUUUCCUUGGUUUGGAGAAAGUCUUAACAUUGAAUCAUCCAAAUGCUGUUCAUGUUUUUACACAGCAGUUACUUGAACUCCACAGAGGCCAGGGACUGGAUAUUUAUUGGAGAGAUACUUACACUUGCCCAACUGAAGCAGAAUACAAAGCUAUGGUACUGCAAAAGACAGGAGGACUAUUUGGAUUAGCUGUAGGACUUAUGCAGUUGUUUUCAUCCUAUGAUAAAGACCUAAAGCCGCUUCUUAAUACACUUGGAUUAUUUUUUCAAAUUAGAGAUGAUUAUGCCAAUUUAAACUCUAAGGAGUAUAGCGAAAAUAAAAGCUUUUGUGAAGACCUAACGGAAGGAAAGUUUUCAUUUCCCACCAUACAUGCUAUUUGGUCACGACCUGAAAGUACUCAAGUGCAAAAUAUACUGCGGCAGAGGACAGAGAAUGUAGACAUCAAAAAAUAUUGUGUUCAUUAUUUGGAGAAGGUUGGUUCUUUUGAAUACACAAAAGAAACUCUACGGGAAUUAGAAGCUGAAGCAUAUAAACAUAUAGAAUCACUAGGUGGAAACCCUCAACUUGCAUCAUUAAUUGAGCAACUAAGCAAAAUGUAUCAGUGAUGUUUAAAAAUUUAAGUUUUCUUUUUUUAAUUAAUUAAAACUCCUUUUGUUUAAUA